AAAACAACCACUCUGAAGAUAAGUGAAAAUACAAAAAAAAAUCAAACGAUUUCAUUAUUUUCAUUUUGGAAAAAAACCGUCUUUACCAGCAAAAUUUUUAGUGAUAGUUUUGAUAAGAUAUUUUUGCAAAAUAUCGGAGGGAAAAAUCGCACUUGAUUUGCAAUUUGAUUUUUCUUCAGAAAUUCAUUUCGAAUUCAGAUUAAUAUUUAAUUCUAUUAAUCGAAGACAAUUUUGUCCAUCAAAAAUUAACAAAAUUUUUAUUUGCUAAUAUCAUAUGCAAUAAUAUUAUUGCGGAAACCAAUGAUUUGAGUCAAUCAUCAUGGAACAUGACAAUGAUAAUGAUGACACAAAACCUAAUUCAAAAAAAUUCAUCACAUUUAAACAUCGCGAAUCUCUUUUGACACAAUUGCUUGCUACUGAUCCGAAUCUACGCAUGAUACAUGAUCUGAUAGCUUUAUUUAUAUUUGUAUUUUUGCUGUGUAAAAUUGAAGUUUUCAUUAAUGAACCGACUAAAUUCUGGGAAAUUUUUGAUGGAUACAUUCGGAAUUCCAGUGAUUUGGGUCAAGUCAUCCAAAUAUGGUUCAUAAUGAAAAUGUUUGUCCUUUGCUUACAUUAUCCAUUAGUUUUGUUCAACAAUUUUUUUCAAUAUCGAUGGCUGAUUAAUAAUUUUGAGAAUAACAAUUAUAAUUCAGAUAUUCUGUGUGAAAUGUAUGAAAAUCGACAAUAUGCGGGAUGUUUAUAUCAAAUAAUUUUAUACACAAUGUAUUCGUGUAUUUCCAUUUUUGCCAUUUUAUUCUAUUGUACUUAUUGUAUAUUAGUUUAUGACAUCAAAUUAAUCGGAUCAUUUUCCUUAUUGAUAGAAAUGACAAGACUUUUGAUGAAAUCACAUUCUUUUUUUAUUGAGAAAAAAGAUCUUUUCAUUGAAAAAGAGACAUUAAAAAAUCUUAUGGUCAAUAAACAUCAUACAAAUAUGUAUAGAUCAUUCUGGGCUCUUUCUUCACGUGCCAGUUUUCGAAAAUAUAUUUACUAUAUGUUUGCACCGACUUUGUUAUAUCGUGAUUCUUAUCCAAGAACAAAAAAAAUCCGAUGGGGUCGUGUUUUGAAUUUUGGUCUGCAAUUCAUUUUAUUUAUUCUUUUGGCAAUGUAUGUCUAUCAGGGUUAUCUUGUCAAUUUAACAAAAACUUGUACCGAAAGUAUAGAGCUUAAUUUGAAACUAUUAUAUCAGAUUAUAACCCCCGGAAUAAUUUUUUAUUGGUUAUUUUUCUACGUUUUUUUCCAUCUUUAUCUUAAUUUGACUGCUGAAUUGUUACGUUUUGGUGAUCGAAAUUUUUAUGAAGAUUUUUGGAACAGUAAAUCAGCAAAAGUAUAUUAUCGAAAAUGGAAUCAUGUUGUACAAAACUGGUUAUAUGUUUAUGUAUUUAUACCUGUUGAUAAUCGUUUUCAAAAUCGUAUAUUGACCAAUUUUGCUGUCAUUUUGAUCUCAGCAUUGAUGCAUGAAUAUAUUGUUAGUUUUUAUUUUCGGUUUUUCUUUCCACUAAUGUUCAUUAUGUUUGGCAUUUCAACUCCAAUUGUAUAUUUAUUGGAAAAAUAUGGUUUAGUCAAAAAUUUGGUAUCCAUCAAAUUGAUUGUGACAAAUUGGUCAAUUUUGUUAGCGAUCUUGAUAAUCGAAUAUAAUUACAGAACCAGUUGUCCAUUAUCGGAACCAUGGAAGCAAAUUAUAUUGCCACGUUUCAUACAUCAUGUAAAAAUUUAGCCGUAUUAAAAAGAUAUUCCAGGUUCAAAUCAUCACAUUUUGACAAUAUCAUAAUAAAUGUACUGAAAAUGAAUUUAUUCAUUUUAUUUAAUAUUUUCA